ACUUUCGUAUACACAAAGCAUUGAUUCUUAUAAACAUUUGUCACAGAUGGCAAGGAAGUUGCUAAAGGUUCCAUCCCUCAAGAGAAUGAUCUCUUCACCAAGAGCUGAUACACACUCUGAUUUCAAUGCAUGCAGUACAUCAACUGUUGCUGAGAAGGGCCAUUUUAAUGUAUACACUUCCGAGGGGAAGCGUUUUAUGGUUCCCUUGGCAUACCUAGACAAUAGUAUUUUCAAGGAGCUUUUGAGGAUAUCAGAAGAGGAAUUCGGUUUGCCAUGUGAUGGCCCUAUCACAUUGCCUUGUGAUGCCGCAUCCAUGGAGUAUGUGUUGUCCUUGCUAAGAAGAGGAGUUUCUAAGGAGAUAGAGAUGCAAUUGCUUAGCUCCAUUUUCAUCUCUUGCCAAUCAACAUGCUCUCUGCUCGCUCUUGAGAACCCUCAACAAUUUGCAGUUUGUAGUUUUUGAGUACUUGUAAUUUGACAAGCCCUCACUUUGUAUAGUUUUACGGAAUUCUUUAAUUCUUAUUAAGUUGUCUCGUUCUUGGCAUAUGAAACUUAUACAUGGAUCUUGCCAUCAGGCUCUUUUUUCUG